UCAACGCUUUUUUUCAGCAAAGACAAGAGUAUAGAUUCGCGAUGUUGCUCGAGGAAUUAAUUGGGAUUUCUAUUAUUGCUCUGAGUGUUAUAUACAUAUAUUAUAAAUAUGUAUUGUUCAAUUAUUGGCGCAAAAAGGGUGUUUUUUAUAUCGAACCCACUGUGCCAGCUGGUAAUUUGACAGCUUAUGUGAUUGGAAAAGUGUCAGUAGGCGAACUCUUCCGUGACGCCUAUAUGAAAUACAAGGAUCAUCGUGUCUUUGGAAUGUAUACAUUUUUCAAGCCAAAUCUGGUGAUUGCCGAUCUCGAUCUUAUUCGAACAGUAUUGGCCAAGGAAUUCGGAAGUUUUCAUGAUCGUGGUUUUUUUUGCAACGAGAAGAUUGAUCCAUUGUCUGGCCAUUUGUUUUUAUUGCCUGGAAAAAAGUGGCGAAAUUUACGUGUAAAGUUGACACCCACUUUCACUUCAGGAAAGAUAAAGCAAAUGUUUAUGAUUCUGAAGGAAUGCGGGGAAGAAUUUGCAAAAAGUUUAGAGAGCAAAGCUCAAAUGAAAGAUUGCAUUGAGAUAAAAGAUAUAUUUGCAAGGUAUUCGACGGAUAUUAUUAUGUCAACGGCUUUUGGAAUCAAGUCUAAUUGCAUGGAAGAGCCGAAUAAUGAAUUUCGGCGUUGGGGAAAGAAAGUCUUUGAAGAGAGACCUUUUUGGAACGCUCUAUUAAUGUUUGCACCCCAAGUUAUGGAUUUCUUUUCCAUUCCCACCACGGAUCGGGGAGUCACUAAAUUUUUUACAAAAAUGUUUCGAGAUAACGUAGAAUACAGGCAAACUCAUAAUGUCAUCAGACAUGAUUUUAUGAAUCUACUCAUACAACUCAUGGACAAGGGCUAUAUUGAAGCUGAUAAUGAAAAAGAUUUUAAUAAUAUAUCCUCAAAUAAUGUAACUAAACUUACCAUGUUGGAAGCGGCUGGGGAAGCUUAUGUUUUCUUUUUGGCUGGUUUUGAAACUUCCUCGACAACAGCGACAUAUUGUCUAUAUGAAUUAGCUCAACAUCAAGGCAUACAGGAUAAAAUUCAUCAGGAAAUUGACGAAAUGUUAAAACAGCAUGGUGAAUUAACUUACAAUGUUGUAAAUGAAAUGACAUAUCUUCAUAAAGUAGUAAAUGAAACUAUGAGGAAAUAUCCACCUGUACCUGUCUUGAAUCGCAUUUGCACCAAGGAAUUAGACCUUCCCACAACAAAUAUUCACGUAUCAGAAGGGACAUUAAUUACUAUACCGGUAUUUGGAUUGCAUCGGGACCCAUCGCUAUAUCCGCAUCCGGAUAAAUUUGAUCCUGAACGAUUCAACGCGGACAAGAUAGCAGCUAGGCAUCCUUAUGCUUAUUUGCCGUUUGGAGAAGGGCCUCGAGUUUGUAUUGGUACCAGAUUUGGCUACAUGCAAACAAAAAUUGGGCUCGUAAGUCUUUUGUUGAAGUACAAGUUUAAACUUCAUCCUCGAACUCCGGUUCCACUUAUUUUCGAUGAAGCACCAAUUGUACUUACAGUCAAAGGUGGCGUUCACCUUAUUAUCGAAUCACGAUAAAAUAAUAGUAUUCAUACUGAUCGUGAGCUGAAAUGAAAUUUUUGCUUAAUCCAUCGAAAAAGCUGAAUCAAAAUGUAAAAUGUUGUUUUUUGUACUCUCAUUCAAAACAUACAAUUAAUUAUAAUUAAUUAAAAAAUCGAUUAAAUAUAUCGAAGAGAUUUGAAUAUUAGAGACAAAUUUGAUUCUUUGUAUCCGGGUACUGUGUAUGUUAAUGCAUUUAAUUAUUAAACGUCUCAAUAAAUAAGCUGCGAUAAAUUGAUUAUA